UUUGAACAUUGUUCCAGAAGAUUCUGGAUUUGACAGUGGAGAUCGCCUGUGGAAAGUGGGUCCAUUUCUGGAGCUCAUACGAAAGCGAUGCUUGGAGCAGGCUCUUGAACAGGAAUGCUCAGUCGACGAGCAAAUGAUCCCUUUUAAAGGCCAGCUUUCCAUAAAGCAGUAUGUGAAAGGCAAGCCAUCUCCCUGGGGCAUAAAAGUGGUUGCUCUGUGUGGUAGCAGUGGUUUACUCCACGACUUUGCAAUAUACCAGGGGGAAAACACGAUUCCCGUCGACCUGAAGAAAGAAUACGGUCUUUAUUCUGGUGUUGUCUUGCAUCUAUCUAAAAGAAUUUCUUAUGGAUGCAAUUACCAACUUUACUUUGAUAACUACUUUACAUCAGUGCCUCUCCUUCGCCAGCUACGAGAGCACAGAAUUUUGGCAGCUGGAACUGUGCGAAAAAACAGGCUGGGAAAGUGCCCUCUUGAAUCCAAAAAGGUGAUCAACAAAAAGCCGCGGGGAUACUCUGCUGAAUAUGUCACAAGUGAUGAUGUUGUAGUGAUCUGGAAAGGCAACAAUGAUGUGUCGGUCGCGUCCAACUUUGUUGGCAUUGGUAAUGAAGAGGAUGUCCGGAGGUGGGACAAAACUAAGCGUGAACACAUAUUAGUGAAGCAGCCGGAGGUGAUCGCCAAGUACAAUCAAAGUAUGGGAGGCGUGGACAAGAUGGACUUUCUCUUGAGCUUGUACCGCACCAAGAUCAGGUCAAAGAAAUGGACGCUGAGGGCGAUAUUCCAUUUUGUAGACCUAGCUGUCUGUAAUACUUGAAUGGAGUAUUUGCGUGAGAAUGCAUACACACGGCGAUCAAAGCUGCUUGAUCUUCUGCACUUCCGUCUGCAAAUCGCUGAGGCUCUCAUUAGCAGCGUACCAAACACAAGAAAGCGUGGAAGGCCUUCCUACGAAGUCGAACCGGCGAAUGUUCCUGAGGAGAGGAAAGCCCGCAUCCGACGGCCUUGCUCGGAUGCACGCUACGAUGGAACGGAUCAUUGGCCAGAAGUUCGGGACCAAACGCUUCCUUCUAGAUGAAAGUAUGAAGGUUGCAAAGGAAGAUCAAAAGUUUUUUGCAAGAAAUGUGAAGUGCCGCUCUGCAUGACCAAGGAUCGUAACUGCUACUACAAAUUUCACACUUGAAAGACUUUUUCCUGUUUCUUGAACUCUAUGACGCUAUGUACACAAUUGUGUACA